AAUCGAUAUACUUAUAUAAUUAAUAUCUUGAUUGAUAUAUGUUCGUGCGUUUUUAUAGUUUUAUGUAAAAAAAUCGUGCCCGAUUUUGAUUUUUUAUAUAUAUGACGCGAUAUAUUCAAGUUACAAACUGUAUAUUCAUCUGUACAUUUGGAAUUUCCACAAAUCAUUAACAUAAAAAUUAAUCAUGGCAACACUUGGUCAAGCUGGACCAUGGACAACUAAUGGAGCAGCUUCAGCAAAAACAUGCCGUAAACAACGUACACCUAAAAUUGGCGAUAUACCAAGACAUACAGCUGUUGAUAUUGAUUGUUGUCAAGACCCAUCAAUAAAUACGGAUUCAAUUGAUGAAACAAAAAAUCAAAAAUAUCAUGGAAAAAUAUCACAAGAAACUCAAAUACAACAAUCAACCACAAACAAACAAAGAACAAAAUCAACAACAAUACAUAACGAUACUCAACCAAAUCAAAUUAUUAUUAAAUCAACAGCAACAACAAUUAAUAAAAGUCCACAACAAUCCACAACAAUUAUCAAAUCUGCAACAAGAACAAACAACAAAGAUAUUAACGAUCCAUCUAUUAUGACAUUACCAACAAUUAAUAAUAAAACAAUUGGCUCAACAACAACAGAUACAGCAACAAACACACAACAAUGUAUUAUAAAAACCGCAACAACGAAUUCAUCAUCAUCCACAAAAUAUCAUUAUCAUAAUACAACAACCGAUCCGCCAUUAUUAACCUCAUCAUCAACAAUUAAUCAUCCUACAUCAUCGUUAUCACACAACAAUAGCUGUUGUGAUAACAAUGAACCUACUGUACUUACAACAAUUAAUACUACACAAUCUGUGAUACUAAAUGAUUCAAAGCAACUUAUUAGUAGUAAUAUUGUGCCUUUAUUACCAAAUACCCAUACAACAAUAACAACAAACAUGACAUCAACAAUGGACAACAAUACAACAACACUUAUAUGCCAUAAUAAUAUCGAACCACCACGCUCUUCUGCUACCAUGUUAGAAAGUGAACAACAAACAAAUGUGAUUAAACGUAAACGACCAACAGCGAUCAAUCCAAAACUAUUUGAUUCGACCAUACCACUUGUAGCUGAUAAUAAUGAAAAAUCAUCAUCACAGGCAAUUAGUACGCCAAUAGUGGCUCCGGUGACGGUGAUAAAUAAUAGCCAGAUAAGUAGUACACAGACACCAGUGAUAUUGAAUGAUGAUUCGUCCAGUACAUCGUCCUCUUCGAAUUAUUCAUCGAAAUCGAUUUUGUAUAGUCCAUAUGGUAGUCCAAAUUCAUCACCACGUACAAAUCGUAAACGACAGCCGUUACGUGAAUCUCGACGUGUAUCGAUUGAGAAGAGUGGAACGUAUUUACAAUUGAAUCAAUAUAAAUUAUUGGAUUCUAUUGGCCAGGGUUCAUAUGGAAUUGUAAAACUUGCAUACAAUGAAGAAGAUGAUACCCAUUAUGCAAUGAAAAUAUUAUCAAAGAAACGUUUAAUGAAAAAAGCUGGUUUAUUUGGACGAAUGACACCGCCAAGACGUGGUUCCAAAUCUCAAGCAAUAACUGCAGGUGCUGGACCAAUACUCAGUGCUGGCAGUAGUACUGAAACAUCAACAACAUCGCCAAGUAAAAGUGGCUUAAAAUUACCGACAAGUCCAUUAGAUCGUGUUUAUCGUGAAAUAGCUGUGUUAAAAAAAUUAGAUCAUCCCAAUGUUGUGAAAUUAGUUGAAGUGUUAGACGAUCCGGUCGAAGAUCAUUUAUAUUUAGUUUUUGAAUUGUUGGAAGGUGGUGCAGUUAUGACAGUGCCCUCGGCAACUCCAAUUACUGAGGAACAGGCAUGGGCAUAUUUUCGAGAUGUUAUUUUAGGAAUUGAAUAUUUACAUUACCAAAGAAUAAUUCAUCGUGAUAUCAAACCAUCCAAUUUAUUACUCAGCGAAAAUGGCCGUUUACAAAUAGCUGAUUUUGGUGUAUGUAAUGAAUUCCAUGGGUCUGAUGCAUUUCUUAGUAAUACUGCUGGUACGCCAGCAUUCACUGCACCUGAAGCUUUGGGUGAAUUAGCAAUGUUUAGUGGAAAGGCUGCUGAUAUAUGGUCAAUGGGUGUUACAUUAUUUGCAUUUGUUUAUGGUAAAGUUCCAUUUUAUGAUGAAAAUAUUUUGGCAUUAUAUUCAAAAAUACGUCAUGAUCCAGUUGAAUUUCCUGAAUCACCAAAAAUUUCUGAUACGUUAAAAGAAUUAAUUACCAAAAUGUUGGUAAAGGAUCCUAAAGAAAGACUUACAAUACCAGAAAUUAAGGUUAAUAAAUGGGUAACUCGCGAUGGUGAGUUUCCACUUCCAACUGAAGAAGAAAAUUGCGUAUUGGUUGAAGUCACGGAAGAAGAUUUAUCAAAAGUUGUCACAUCAAUACCAAAAUUAGAUACAUUAAUUCUUGUGAAAACAAUGUUGAAAAAACAUAGCUUUCAGAAUCCAUUUACACGUCGAAUGCCAGCCAGUAGUAGUCAUCGAGCAUCGAAUGCAGCUGAAACGGCAGUUCGUUGCACAAUUCCCAAACAUAUUGGUAGAUCUGGUCGAUCCAAUUCAGCGCCCGAUAGCUAUAAUUGGAGAACCGAACGUCCGCUAUCAAUAGACACUCCAUUAGAAUCCGUAACAGAGGUAGCUGAUCCAGGAGAAUCAACUCAGUCUGAUCAAAGACGGUGAUAAAUAAUUUAAAUUAAUUUAAAAGAAAAAAUAAAACUCGUUAAUAAUUAAUUAAUUAUAAUAAUUUUUAGAAGUUAAUUAUUAAUGUCAUUUUUAUACAAAUUUAUAAUACUUUUUGUACUGAUUUGCAAACGUAUCAAUCUAAUUUAUAGCUUUUAAAGUGCGCGAGCAUCUUCUUGAAAUUAUAGAAUAUUUAGUUUCUGUCAGAUGCUUGUCGAUAUAGCAACACCGAACGUUUUCGAAUAUUAAUACGAUAUCGAAUAUUCUGUUAAAGAUCGAAAACUAUCCGGGUUGUCGCUGGAAAGUAUCUGGCAGAAAUCAAAUAAACCUUAGUAGCCUUUUUGUGUUCCCUUGUGAGUUGAACCUCGAAUCAAUUUGGUCUCAAAAAGAAUAUUCGGUCUUAGAAGAGCUGUAUUGAUUAUAUUAGAUUGAUACAAUAAUAUUUUCUAAACAAUGGUCGAAAUUUGCAUAAAUAGAGUCGAAAUGCUUUUAUUGAUUACAGCAACGUCAUCAUGGUCAUUACCAAGCAACUAGAAUUUCAAUAAAUAAAAUAGCAAAAAAUUGAAGGACUACCGGUACAUUAUAAAAAGUGCUCUAUUUUCGUUGUUAUUUUUAAAUACAUGACAUUUUCGUACAAAACAUCAAAAUAGCAACACAUUUAAAAGUAACAUCGAAAAUGGAAUAGCCUUUAAAAUUCGAAUUCCAUAGAAAAUUAUACUGUACCAUCAUUUUUUAGGAAAAAUUCCUUCAGUGUUACACAAAAUAACAACGUCUUCCUUUUAGUUUAUUUAUUAAAUAUUUCGAUCAUUUAAAAAAUAUUGCAAUUGUGAUUUUUAACUUACAUGUAAUUUUAAAUAAAUAAUUGAUUAUUUUAAAAAUAUGCAUCGGAAGUACCUUAAAAAGGAGAAGUUAAUAUUUAAGAAGUAUUUUGAAACUUGGGGAUAUUUUUGUAAAGGAUCUGCUUCUCGCAAGCUAAAAAACGUAAAACCGGAUUCGUUUGACGAAAGGUUGAGUAGUUUUUGAAAUAUCACCCAAAAUCGAAUACGGAGGGUGAUAUUCCGGAUCUUUUUCAAACACUAUCUCGGUAACUUGUUGCUCAAUCGCAAAUUCAAUUAGAUUUUCGCGUUUUUUUUUUUCUUGAAAUAAUCCAAUUUACAAAUUUUCAUAAUCUUCAAGAAAAGAAUCCUUUAAAAAGUUCCAUGAAAAUAAUUCCUUAAAUGAUCGCACCCCUUUUAAGGUAAAUUCCUUCGUAUAUUAAAUUUUGUUGUUACUUAAUUUUAAAAUACAACAUUUUUUUAUUGUACAUUUUUUGAAUGUAAACAAAACAAAAAUUAAGGACUUAUUACAUAAUAUUUCAUAAAUAUUUAAUUAGAUUUGUAUUCGAAUCAGAGUUAAUUAUAAUCGGAAUCUUAAUGAAUUUUAAAAGUUACAGUCUCGGUGCUUAUCAUCAUGGAUUGUUAAAAUGGGCACUGAGACUAUUAAAUAAUUGUCCAAAUUAAAUAAUUAUUAUGCACAACAAAGUUUUUUGAAAAAAAAAAAUG